AUGAAGAUUUUCGAGUUCAUUGUUGCACUGUCGUUCUUGGCGGAUAACGUUGCAGGAACCGGUGGGCUGAAUGGCCUCCCAGUCCUUAAUGGACCCAUCAACCCAGUCAGCAAUGUCCAGGGGAUGAAGAAAGGGCUCGGCGAAUUUGUUCAUCCCGGACUGUGGCAUACGCAUGAUGAUUUGGAGCGUAUCAGACUUGGUGUUAGCAAGGGACAAGAUCCGUGGAAGAGUGCAUAUGCUAAUUUCAGUCUUGACUCGUACUCCCAAGCUUCAUAUGUGAUGCAAGGACCUAAACAAGUUCUCUGUCGAGGGCGUUGCAGUAACUAUACGACCUUCACAAACGACGCCCGUGCUGCAUACCAGAACGCACUGAUGUGGUACAUUACUAAGAACCAGAGUCACUGGGAACGGUCUACUACCAUCUUAGAUGCAUGGGGAACAAACCUUACGGACAUCAUUGGUACUGAUACCUCGCUAUUGGUUGCUUUGGAAGGAGAUAUUUUUGUGAACGCAGCGGAGAUCAUGAGGUGGGAAGGAAACUGGGUCGAAAAGGGUGCGGCAGCUUCUGGUGGAUCAGGAUUCUCUAACCAACUGUACUGGCUGUUUGCAAGACAGUCAAUCAUAAUUGGACAAGCCAAUUAUGGAUUGGCAAGCAUCAAGGCUCUUCUUUCUUUUGCAGUCUACCUCGAUGAUAUAUCGAUGUAUAACUACGCAUUGAACGCGUAUCAAAACGAUCCUUGCGGAGGGUUGUAUGGCAACUACCAUCCGAAAACUGGACAGGGCUCUGAAACUGGGAGAGACCAAGGCCAUGCUGUCACUGGGCUUGGGUGGGCAGCUUACGCAGCGAGGGUGAUUCAAUCCCAAGGAGUAGACGUCUACUCUGUGGGAGACAAUCUACUUCUCAAGGCCGCUGAAUAUGCGGCGAAAUUUAACCUUAACAACGACGUGCCAUUUGAUCCCAAGUUCUAUCGAUGCGAGGCUAUCUUGAUUAAUGGGCCAUGGGCCAAGCCCUCAAACAUCAGUCGUGGAAUUAGCGCGACUAGCCCAAACGUAUGGGAUAUCAUCUACUAUCAAUAUGUUGUUAAGAGAGGUCUCAAAGCACCAUGGACUACUAAGGCAAAACAAGCAAAGGACGCUGUUGGAGGAGAACAACGGCCAACUGGAAGCGGUCUCAGUGAUCAGCCUAGCUGGGGAGAAUUGAUUUGGUCAUAUCCCGGACAAGGCAAGUUCAACAACGACAAUGAUCGGACAAUCUGGGGGGGUGGAGUUAUUGGCCCGGAUGGGAACGGAAACAUCAACGCUGUCAAACUAGUUUAA